CGCGUUGUGUAGCGAAGGAAUAACUGACUCGAGGAGACAAGCAAGCGAAGCUUCUGUUUUCUGGGGCUGGUCGGCAAGCCCCCCCUCCUCCUGCCCUUCCAGGAAGAGGGUCGCUACACAACACAAAUCGAAAAGACCUCCACAUGACAGAGCUGCCUGCAGUGUGGGCCUUUCUUUCCUCGUGUCACGUUCCUCAUUUUCUCGCCCUUUGCCAAUGUUGAUUCGCUGUCUCAUUUCCCGCGAAAACACCAGAAACGUUUCACAAGACAUUUUAGCUUUUUAGAGCGCACGCGCGUGGAAGCCUGCCGUUUGAGGUGUCUAGCGCGAGCAGAGUGCAACGGCAGAAGGGCUUCUUAGCGGACAUGUUUGACCGGGUAAAACAGCGCUUGUUGCAUUUGUGUUUUUCCGUUCAGGAUGCCGGUACAGGUGCAGUUUUACCCUUUCCUGUUUGGUGUCUGCAAUUUCUCGAAUGCGUGUCGAAGGUCUUUUAUGUCGCUCGUAUGCGAUGUUCUUCGCGUUGUGGUCACCGCUUUGCCCUUUACUAAAAACGAAGCAUCCAGAACCGUCGAGUUUCUUUUUAUCUCUUCUUUGACAAACGUUUCACAGUUUCCUCGUUUGCAUCUGUCCGGCAGCUCCCCGCUUUCCUUGCCUCCUUCUGUCUUGAUGUCUUGUUUCUCUCGAUAUCUUUUUUUAGCCACCUUCGAGGAGGAGGUUUGACUUACAGAUGGCGCCUCCAGGCUUCUGGAGGUUCACCGCUGCAGUGUUUCACAGGUCUUUUCCUGUGUAUUUUAGAGCUCCUUUUGAGGAACCCGUCUAAAUCUGUAGAAGUGAGGGCGAAGGUCUGUAAAAGGGCGACAGAGGGUCUCCUUUACUUGCAGCUCCGUGUGCAAGUAACACUGUCCGGGCGGCGGCGCACGAAAUUCUGAUUUCGGACCAAAGGGAAGUUCAUCGUCACACAUCAAGAGAAUGUGUCGGCUGGCACACAGAGAGAGUGUCAUCGGGGAACGGAUGUGUCUAAGUCUCCCUGCAUUUCAGCGGUCUGUUUCCCUGUCUUAUCGUUGAAACACGGUUCUCGAGUCCUAACCGAACACCGAGUCUGUUGUUUCCGUCGUUGUUUUGUUCAGUCACAUUUCCAUUUUCUACCACCUUGUCCCCCUCCACUCAUCAAGAUUUCUGAAGGUUUCUCAUCCCCUUUCGCACGGCUCACAGCGCCGCAACAGCACGCAUUCCUCCGUUCACUUUUCACUUUUUUCACCGGCCUCUCUCGUGUCGCAGGGUUCCCUGCCGCCGAUCCCCGCCACGCGAUGGAGGACCCCCCGCCGUUUCCGCCAUCGGGGGUUCUGAGCUCGCGCCUGUUCGCCCCUGACGAAGCAGGUGAAGAGGUUGGCCCUUCGCUGUUGCUUCCGUCGGAAGUCGAGGGUGGCGAGCGGGCGCAGGCUUCGAAGCCGCUGCGUCCCGGCCGGAUCUACAAUUUACACACGCUUCGCGAGCGCAUGAAGGAGUUCACUUCCGCGGAAGAAGGUGGCAAAGCCAGCCGAGGGAGAAAGAAGACGCCCAACAUCGUUCCACUUUCUCAUGAGGCCCUGGCGGACCAGGCGAAAAGUCAAGGCUACGAGCGCUUCCUCGAAGGCGCCAGGAAGGAGGAAUGGGGCGAGGGCGGGAGAGGCAGCUCGUGCUCGUUUGCCCAGGAUGUGGGGUUGACGAAUCGGUCGACGCUCGGGUCUGAGAGCAGGCGCAUGCAUCCAACGAAAUCGGGACCCUCCGGGGCAUCGCAGGCCUUCCCGCUGGCGGACGCCACGCGGUUUCUGAGGAGACAGUGGUGCCCCCAAUACGACAGCAGCAGCGACCAUGAAGCCGCGAUUUGCCAGCGAACCGCCCACUGGCUUCUGAGACCUUCAGGCGACACAGCCCUCUACCCUCUUCACGGGAACCGGCCGGACUGGGCGGAGCUCGACGAGGCAGAGAAGAAGAUUCUGGGACCCAAGAACCGGAACUACCACUUGUACGCGCGGAAGGAGAAGGCGGGAGGCUUCGGCAUCCGGUCUGCGAUGGACUCUCUCGAAGAAGGAGAAAGGAUGAGCUCGACCGACCGGGGCCUCGGGUCCACCACCUCGACGCUCGUGCUGAACAUGCGGACGCACCGACUGGAGCGACGGUCGCGGACGAAAGCUUCUGUGGAGAAAGCGGCGAAAGGCAGGGUGCGCUGGCAAGACGAAGGAGAAGAGAGCGACGGGGGUGUUGAGACCGGCGAAGGCGGGGGCCUUCUGUCGGACGAGAAAAUGCUUCAGCGCGUCGCCGUCCUCAUGGAAGCUUUUGAGCGCAGCGGCCCGAACGCCGCAGGCUGGCUGUUCCUCAGAGACUUCAAGUGGACGCUGCAUCGGGACCCGCGAGUGCAGGAGAUCUUCGGACUGGAGAAGAAACAAUACAGCUUAGAGAAAAAGUCGAAAAGAAAGGAGGGACAUGCAGAGGAAGAAAGCACGUCUCAGGGACCCUUGAAAGCGGUCGUGUCUUGGAUCGCCGACACGGUCUUCCGUAACAGAGACGAACCCGUGACCUUCACAAAGAAGUCCCAGGUCAAAGUGAAGGCGAUGCUUGACCAGCUUCGAAGGAUUGAAUCCGAUUUAAUCUCCAACGAGAGAACAGUCGAAGAGGCGAAGAUCGCAUUCGACACCUUCGCGAAGGCGUUCUGGCCCUUCGUCGGCAAGUCUCUCACGCCUGACACGUGGCGCCAGGGUUUGGGAGUGUACCGCACCGUUGCAACACAAAAGGAUACUCCGUACGCGCUUACCGCUACGCAGAUGAUGGUGCGCGAUUCUAUCCUUGGCGUGAACAUCGCUUCCGACGAACUGCGGCUUCCUGACUUUGUGGAGCUCCCUCGACUUGGGUUGAUGGAGAAACCGGAUCUUUCUCUCGCACACGAAGUUGGAACGGACCGGAAGCUACACGAGAAGGCCCAGAGUCUCGAGAGGCUUCGCUUUACAGAGGCCUCGUCGCCUUUCCAGCAGUCUUUCGCCGACGUGAUUCACUUGGAGAAAGAUUUGGCAGAGUACCAAGUUCUGAAACAGCAGUUGGACCGCGUGUCUCGCGAGGCGUUUUUGUCUGCGCCGUCCGAGUCACUUGCGCGUUUUCUCGCCGUCAUUCGGGACAGGGCAGGACACAUGGAUAGUGUCGAGGAACUUGCGCGAGAAGCAGGCAUUUUCCGAGCUCCGCCGACCUUCAAAAUGCCUUCUGCGGAGCACGAAGAGCUGCGCGAACACCAGACACGCAUGCGAGAGAAGUUCGGCGAAGAAACCACCAGUUCACAGCUCGUUGGGGUUAGUGCGGUGCCGACGGCGCUCGUUUCUGACGACGAAGACGAUGAAGGCUCUCCGGAAAGGCCAGUGAGGGCGGCGCCAGUCAUUCCCAAGAAUCUGCCGCCGCUGAAGUCCGCGCCGAAAAUCGAAAUCCGCGCAAAAGUGGUGCCAAGAAGGUCGCAGAAACUCGACGACACCAUAGAGUCAGACGAAGCAGUGGAAUGCGUCCGAGACGAGGAAGACGACGUUUCCUCGCUUUCCGAAGACGAGUGAAACAGAGAAAGGACAGGAGAGCGGAAAGAAAGGGGGAAAAACCAGGUGCAGCCCGAGGAUCGAAUAGCAACAGAGUGCGAGGGACGAGGCACACGAUGGAAGCAGACGCUGUGCACGGGAGUCUUCUGUUCUUCAGAAGGGCCCGAGACAAUCGAGGGAGAAAAAAACAAACACAAAAGAGGUGAGAAGGGAAAAGUGAUGACAGCGCGGCACACUCGCAGCAUGGGGAAGUUCUCACUGCUUGUGUCGGGCUUCUUGCGUGUUGUUUCUUAGUUCGUAAACAGUGAAGAGAACGCGAGUCGUUUCUGCUGUUUCUCCUGAGGUCACUCUUGCAUUCCAUGCGUCUCGCUAUUCCCACUUCGUCCAAAACCCUUGUCAAAGCAUGCCUGCCCUGGUACUUGUUCCCUGUGAAGGCAACGGAGAGACACUGUGAGUCCGAGAAAACAAAUUGUGGACAACAGCGCACAUACAACAGCUGAGGGCCUGAAAGAAUGACGAAUACACAGAAAAGAGCCUCCGAUAAAAACGAGAGUGCAAGUAACCUUGCGGCAAACACACAAAGAUACGGGUGCACUCAGGCAAGGCAAC